AUGGAGGAGACAUUACGGCAGCUAUUGGUGGAUUAUAUUAACAAGAGGAACAUGCUGGGACAGGAGCAAACAUAUGAGACAGGAAUAUGGCAUGACAUACAGCAAUUGUUCGAUGAGUUCACAAGAAAUAUACAACAUGGGGAUGGCGAUGUCUCUAAGUUGAUAUGUGAAGCGGGGCAACAAGCGAACAAAAUAUAUGGAGGGAGGAUGUAUAUGUGCUGGAUGGCCGUGAGAAUAUUACUAUACAUGAGGCAUGGUGAGACGCCGGAAGAAAUAGCGAAGAGGGCAAAUGAACACGAGAAAGGGUUAAAGGCAUGUAUUAGAACUAUUAUCGGAACUGUAACUAUACAGCAAUUAUUGAAAACAUAUUGCAACGCCGACGAGGUACUGAGGCAUGCUGUACGAAUGGUCAAAAUGAUGGACGCGGCUAUUGGACGCGGCGUGGUGAAUAAUACAGGGUGCCCCGGCUUGAACGUGGACGGAUUAGUAAUAGCUGGCAAGGAUGUGACCAGUACAAUAGGACAAUGGAUAUUGCAGGGGAACAUUCUGGACGGGAACCUAGGCCACGUGGAUUGGAAUGAGGGCUGUGAGGUAGCGCAUAGUAAGAGGAAACAUGUGACCAACAUAGAAACAUUGCAGGAACUCAAGACUAUAGUGGUAGAGCAAGCGACGGAACUGCAGGUUAAGGUGCAGGACAUUACGGCAAAUAUGCACAGGCCACCGAAUAGUACGCCACACAGGACGGACCAACAAGCAGCAACACUACCGUCAAAGGACACGUCAGGUAAGGACCGAGGGGACAAAGCACCAACACGGCCCAACACGUAUUAUACGGCCGCCACCGAUACGACUGCGCACGGAUGGACGGUCACAAACGCAACGGCCACAACACGCACACACGGCGGAAACAGCACAGCAGAGAAAACGACUCCGUUGACGCUGACCGACUGCGAUGAGCGGUGUCCACGACGGCAGCGGUAG